AUGACGUCAAACACAUCGAGGUCAGCGGAGCCUCCGUUAUUUUCAUCCUCCCCAUCAACGUCUACCAAACCAACCUCGGUGGAUUCGAAACAACAACCUGAGGAUUUCCAAACGAUACGUUUCACAAACGUACACGAUCUUUUCCGUACCAUCGACCACACUACCGAGGAUUUCCUUGCUAUUACACAUGUUUCUCCUGGCCACUUUACCGACAUCGAACGUGAGCGAGAUAGGCGCCGCCGUAAAUUCCGUUUGCGCCGUUAUAACAGCGACUCCAACACCCUCUUUAUCACAAUACCCACACAAGCACAUGAAAAACUCCAUACCGGGAUUUACGAAGGGUAUCGUGACCAACUUGUCAGAAGUGGUACCGAGUCGAGCUGGGAUACAGUCGCCUCUGUCACGUAUCGAGCAAAACAUAAUCACCCUGGAGGAGAUGGUGGCGAGGGUGAUUCCACUGGCGGCCCAAUGCCAGAACGUGGUGCUAAAGGUGCCUGGCCAACACUUGUCGUUGAGGCAGGUGUUUCAGAAUCACUAAACCAGUUGCAUAACGAUAUGCGGUGGUGGUUUGCAGCCUCAGACCACGACGUUAAGAUUGUUCUUCUCGCCAAGUUUGACCAUGCUCGCGACACUAUCAUCUUAGAGAAGUGGGAGGAGGAGGCAAGGGGCACUCGUCCUGGAGCUGCAACAACACGAUACCUGACGGCCGUUGAGCCUGUCCGCCGUCAAGCAAUCACGAUCACACAGGAUCUCACUACCGACCCAAUUUCAUACCCCGUCACUAGCGGUGCGUUGGUAUUAGGGUUUAGGCUCCUGUUCCUGCGUGAGCCGGGCCCUGGAGAGGGGGACUUUGUCCUGAGUGUUCAGAAACUACAGGCGUGGGCGGAAAGAGUUUGGAAGGUAGUAUAA